GCAGGAUGUUUUGCGUCAGCUUACGAUUGAAUGGUGGCCUGCUUCCUUGACCGAUCUGUGUCCUAGGCAAAAUCAAAUCAAAUAUGCGGCUUCAUUCUUUAAAGCCAGCCUACCUACGGUGCGCUUGCACGCUGUUAUUUCAGCUUGUUUUUCUAAUAAGUGGUGCCAACAUAGUGGCCAGCGAUGAGGACGUUGUACAAGAGAAGCAUGUGAUCGAAGGCAAAGUGGUGCCUCCUGAAAUCGCCACAUCCGAAUGGCUAACAUCCACACGAAUUCUUGUGAACGGAGGGGAACAACUCGGUUUCUUGAGGAGCGACGGCAGCUUUUCAGUGCACAAUCUGUCUCCUGGGUCGUACGUCGUCGAAGUGGCUAAUCCUGACCAUGUGUACGAGCCGGUACGUGUCGACAUCAACUCCAAGGGGAAGUUCCGGGCACGUCGAGUCAACUACAUCCAGUCAAACUUGAUACAGACUCUUGCGUACCCGCUGAAACUGAAGAGUCGCGGUCCCUUCCAGUAUUUCCAAGUUCGGGAGACAUGGAGGAUCACCGACUUCCUCCUGAACCCUAUGGUUCUCAUGAUGGUGGUUCCUCUACUCCUCAUCAUGGUCUUGCCGAAACUGAUGAAUGCAGCUGACCCGGAGACUCAAAGGGAGAUGCACCAGAUGCAGAUGCCGAAAUAUGACAUGCCUGAGCUGUCGGAAAUGAUGACCACGCUCUUCACGGGAGGCAACAAGAGGCAACAGCAGGCCAAGACAACUCGAGUGGCCAAGAAGCGGCAGUAGCGAGCUUUGAACAGGGCACGUGAUGCCACUGCUCUGCUGUGCUGUGAUACCCCAAUUCAGUAUCUCCUGUGCAAAAUAAUGGACAACAUGUGUAAAAGAUAUCCUUAAGCCAAUACUAAUGGACAAGACAUGUCAAGACUGUUUAGUUUUGUUUCCUCCCUGCAUUGUGUUAUUUUAUGCACCCUAUUGCCACACCUCUUCGUGCAACGGAAGUUACCCAAAGCAUUUGUGCGGGUUUUGGAUUUUUCACUGGGUCUUGUAGAAAUUUAAAAAUGUGUGCACCUUAGCAUGUUGCAUGAACAUGUCAUGGCUUACUGUCUCAUGUUAUCAAGAGAACAAAUCACCUGCAUUAAACAGUCGCAUAACCAAUGCCCACUUUUGUGCAUUGAGUGCAAUAUCCCGAGUCAUUGCACCCCCAUGUCCCUAGCUGCCAUGGCAACGUCUCAGUGUAAAAGCAAGGAAAACGAGUAACUGAAGGGCAAGUAACUACAUGAGCCAUUAACAGGCAGUCUUUGUAAACGUUUUCCAGCGGCAUGUGCUUACAAUGUGCCACUUCGAGAUGAGUGCAUUCACGAAGGCAUAGACAAGUAAAGAUAAACUCGUUAUGUGCACAAAUACGCAAUGGCAUUAUGUGGUCUGCAGUACCAUUGAUGCUUGGGAAAGGGUGAGUGAUAUCUUAGUACAUUUGGAGGAAUUAUUUGGGAAACUCAUAUUUUGUGAGUAACAGGAAGGUGGGCAAUGAAUUGAGAUAUUACUGUAGUUGUGCUUUCCUUGAAGCAAAUUAGCACCACAUGUACCUUCAUUUUUGAGCAUGCACUUGUAAUAAUGAGGGCAAGAUGCACCAAAUAUGCAACCUGUUUUGCUUUAGCAAUGUGCCUCAACACUGCAACACAUGGGGAAACUUGCUUUGUGUUUGUAUAUCUUGUACUAUAUUGUUUGAUAUCAAGUGCACUGGGUUUAGAACAAAGAGCAGUAGUCUGCUUAUGUUGCUAUUGAUGAUGACGUGGUCUAGACAAUGAUAUGCCUUGUUGUUCAUGGACUCGUGCAUUCCUUUAUACCGAUGGUGUUGAAAGGCUAGUGCACAUUGCAAAUGAUGAAUGCGGAAAGUCAUAGAGGUCCUCUUGAUUGCCAGCUUUGAGGUUCUAUGAAACAUUAAGUGAUAAGAGACUUUGCAACAGAUGUAAGACACAUUUGCAAGCCAGCUCAUCUGACAUGCUGACAUUUUUGUUUGAUAAUGUUUACUCUUAGUUUAAAAUGAAGCUUAGCAUUCUUUUUCCUUUUCUUGCUGGUGUAAGUUUGAGAUUUAUGCAGGCCUCUUCGCAUUUUUGCAGGAUCUUGCUCCAUAGAGCCAUCAAAAUGAGCUGCUGCUGGUUUUUCAAACACAUGAUGGUAGCACAGCUUGCGUGUAAAAAAACAUUUGUAGUAUAUCUCAGUGUGUUUUUUAUGAACUUGGGGAACAAUUCUACACUUCUGCAUGUACCAUGGUUGUAUUUUGUAAAGCCCUCAAAAUGUUUUUUUUUUUUAUUAUUAUUAAUGGUGUAGAACACUAAAGGCUCACUGUGAACCUAGUCCUUGAUUUCUUGGCAGUUAUGGUGUGCACAUAUCGCUGGUUGUAAUGCAUUGCUGGUUUGUUAAGUUAGCCCAGAUACGGGUUGUUGGUUUUUCAGGCCAAACAGCUUGCAUGAUAUAUUCAUGUUUGUCCGCGCAAUUUCUAAUCUCUCAAGAGAGAAUUUAUACAUUGUGAUGCUAGUGACCCUUUGUGUUCCUUUUGUAAGGCAGUGAGGAAAUCAAAAGUGCACUUGUUAUGUUUCUCAUAUGAUGAAAAUGCUUAGCAAUUCCUGUUGUUCUAUAGUGUUAAUUGCUUUUUCAAUUAUAGACCAUUGAUAGUAAUUUUAAUUUACAAGCAAACUGCUUUGCAUGGUUAGUAAGCAUAUAUGGAAUUUUAUUUUAAAAUUGUCAUAUAAACAGCUAUAUUCACUGAAAAUUACAAAUCUACAGUCCGCCACCAGCCUUUUAGGCUAAACUAUUGCCUGCAGAAAAACUAUUGCCUGCAGCCUUUUUUGCAACAUUGGCAUUUCCAUGUGCAUAGUUUUAUUAUUAACAAGUUAAUAUUAUUGUAUUCUCCGAAGCUGACAUUUCUUUCCGUUGUCUGGUCUUGGCUCUGAAUGCAUGUGUGUACAAGAACAUUUUUUGUAUUCCACAUCAGGAAGCCUUGAUCUGUGUACAAAAAAAUACAGACAUUGUUAUAUUAUGGUGAAUAAAUUUAUGGCAACAAA